CUCCUCGUGCAGGGAGUAGAGACGAACUUCUCAGAUGAGUGGGGCACGACCGUCCUGCAGCUCGCCGUGAAGCAGGGGAAUGUGGAGGCAGUGAAGCUGCUACUGGAGCACGGAGCUGAUCCCAAUGUGGCAUCAUCGUCUGAUUCGGAGACCACUCCCCUUCACACGGCGAUCAUCAAAGGGAACCCCGAGGUCGUGCUGAGUCUGAUCCAACAUGGCGCGGACUUGACGCGGCGAGAUGAGUUCGGAAUGACACCGAGAGAGCUUGCAAUCAAACGAGGAGGAGCUGAGAUCUGCAAGAUG